CACACACACACAUACACAUACAGAAUUCUAAAUGUCUCUCUACAAAGUGCUGUGAAUGGAGUAACGAGUAAUAAUAAUGCUUAUAUAGACGAAGGUUCUACUAAAGGACUUUCGAUACGCACUAUGUAGUGCACUUUGAAUCCAAACCAAAGCCAUAUGGAAUUUAACCGUUAAUCGAUGAAAGGUGAAUUUGCAGUGUGUGUGCUGAAGUGCCUCUGAUCCCAAGUUCUAGUACAAAGUGUCCAUAAUGUCACAAACCAAUGAGAGUAAAAAGACACUGAUGGACUUUGUACAUGAAUUGAUCCCAGUGUUUGCAAACAUUGUUCUGUCAUUCUCAGCUCUGCCUGCUGCCUUUCACCUGUUCAGGGACCACCGAGCUCCAUCAGUAGGUUUUUUCCUCAUCGCGUGCUCUUCAUUUCUGGCUAUUAUCCCUCUGCCCCCAGCUCUGUCUCAGGUCCAGAGAGAUCUAGAAUGGGCAAGCGAGGUCCUUGGCCCUUCCCUGUCUGCCUUUGGGUUUUUAUGGCUUAGUGAAGAUCAUUGGACCUCCCAUGUACUACUGAUCGGUUCAUCACUUCUUCCAAUGCUCUCCGGUUGGCUCUCGGAGGACUGCUUGAUGAUCAUGACGCGCUGUGUGUCAUUGUCAGCACUGUCGUGUGCUCUUACAGUAUGUCUGUUUGCUGCCAGUUGGACUGGUGUGGUGGGCAGCCUGGCCCUCAGCCUUCCUGCUCUUGUUGCCCCCAGGGUCAGAGCUGGCAGUGUGGUCUCUUUGAUAUCUUCACAGGGAGCCAGUGGGCUGUUGGGGUGGAGUCUGAAAGUCUCCAUGGCUGUCGGGUGCUGGACAACAAAGACAGCUUUAGAUACAUUUCUUAAGGAUCUGAAGGGCUGGGACAAAACUCUGUGAGUUACAACAACUAGUGAAAUGCUACUCGAGGCUCAUCAACUGAUUUUGUUUUAUGUCUCCUCAGCCUGGUGCUGUUGCUGUAUACCUCAUAGGACAUGGUAGGUUUACUGGCUGGCAGUAACAAUGGUGACCAGACACAGCCAAAUGUACACAAUGUAAACUUGGUCAGAUGGUAUAAAAACACAACAGAAAUACAAAUAUGCACUAAAAGAAACUGGUGCUCAAAGAAGCCUAUAUUUAUGUACCUGCUAUAUCUCAUUUUGUUAUAUCAGCCAUGAUAAAAGAUUAGAGCAUGUCAAUUUGGAUUAUCAACAAUUUCCAAGUCAGUGUUUUUCCAUGGCAGAAUCACAAAUUGUGUUGUGUUGCACAUACAUUGCACUAAGUUGGGUUUAAGGUGUCAGUAUACCCUAUAUGAGUGAACAUAAAUAGUGUACGCAGUGUCGUGCUGUUUGUGUUUGAGCCUAGAUCGCAGAAUUCUUUAUAUAGGCUUACAUCUUGUGUCCUCUAGCUUAGCAACUUCAACCACCGGAAUAAAUCAGCUGAUCAUUCACUGGCUUCCCACCAAACACAAGAAUAAAUCAUAAUCUUAACUGUUCAGCAAAAAAAAAGAGAACACUUUUUUUCCUCACAUUUUUAUAAUAGCCAGGGGAGCAUGGUGGCUUGGUGGUCAGCAUGUUUGCCUCACACCUGCCUCGUUGGGGGUUUGAUUUUCUUUUCCUCUGUGGAUGUGGUGUUUGCAUGCUUUAGGUUUCCUCUGGGUACUUCAGUUUCCUCUUCAAGUCCAAAGACAAGCAUUGUAGGUGUGGCAUGGCCUCCAGGUUCCCCUCAACACAGUAGCAGAAGCGGUGUAGAGAAUCUAGCCAACUCUUUAACAAUCUAAUACUCUCCUGUCUGUCACUCUGAAGUUUUGCUGCUUUAAUGAGUGAUAAUUUGAUGUAUCAUCUGGUCUCUCUGUACAACUUUCCUACUAAUUCCUCCCCCACACAGCACCACAAAUGACCAUUACAGGAUUGACCUUAUUAGAAAAUGUUUUUCUUAACAAACAUAAAGUGUAAACAGCUUUAAGUAAAAAAAAAAAAAAAAAAAAAGCCUGAGGACUGUUUAGUUCUGUCUGACCUGGGAUUAUUGAUGUAUUAAAGUGUUUAUGAUCGAGCUGCUAAUGUUAACAAUCGUAAGGAAUUUGUAACAUUUUCUCAAAUAAAUAAAUGGAAGUAUUUAUCUGUUA